CUGAAAAUGAACUUUAGGAGGAUUUUCCUAGUCAAGUGCUUGCUGCUUUUAUUUCCCACUGUAAAAUGCUUCAGCACCAGCUGGAUUUACAAGGCGGUGAAUGAGACAGCUCUUCUCAGCAUCACUGCUCCUGGGGGCAUCUACGAGGCAACAUGGAGGAGAGGGGGACAAAGGCUGAUUCAGAUCAAAGAUAACAAAGCUAAGCACUUUGUGAACAAGGACCAGUGCAGGUGUGCCAUAUUCCGAAACGGGACUCUGCAAAUCGAGCGCGUGGAGAAAGAGGACAGUGGAAACUACACAGUGAUGGUUUAUCAGAAAGAUGGAAAACUGAAGGCAGAAGAAUAUAUAAUGUUCUUUGUUCAGGAACCUGUCCCUCAGCCAAUCCUCACUGCUGAAUGCAAGAAUAAAAGUGUAUCUGUCAAGUGUGAAGCAAAAGAGAAGGCCAAGGAUGAAGCAAAAGAGAAGGCCAAGGAUGAAGCAUUCUUAAUAGAACUGACUCGACCCAAUGGCAUAAAAAUCCGAAAGAAUGCAACAAUGCUGGAAUGGCACGGGUGGAAUUCUGGGACAUUCCGAUGCGUUGCUAAGAACCAAGUCAGUGAAAAAAUAGCUGAGAAAGUAAUUAACUGCUCAGGCAAGAUGGACUUUUAUCUCAUCUUAAGCAUAGCAGGAGGUGCAGUCUUCUUUGUCAUCUUUGUGAUUUGUCUUAUUUAUUGUAUCAGAAGGAAGAAAACAAAAAGGAAUUACAUUUAUGAGGAGGAGCAAGCGAUGCAGACUCUGCCCAUGGACUGUGAGAGGGGGAUGCGGCAGCUGCAUCAGACUCCAUCCAGGCCCACCCCGAAGCAGCUGCGAGUGCAGCAGCGGCCGCUGCCCCCGCAGCCCCAGGAGCUGCAGCAGCCGCGGCCCCAACCACGGCCCCGCACGCAGCCACGGACUCCGAACCUCCCGAGACAAAGGCCCUGAGCAGACGUCCUGGGAGGAGGGAUGCUGGUCUCUCUGCUCCACCGUGCGCUGGGAAAAGAAAGUUUCCGACAGCCAGGAGCCCCUCCCGCCCAGCCCCGCGUAACGCUCAGCUACGAAAAGGCAGCUUUCACUGCAGAAAAUUAGAGACAGCACCAAAUGGAGACGAGGAGACUCAAGGUGAUGGGCAUUCAUCCCUGUGGCCAUUCUUCCAUGGGUGUCUUCAUGCUAGGAUAUGGAUAUGGAGCACUCAGCCCUGAAACUGUGUCUUUCUGUGGUUCACUUGCUUUUACUGCACCUUGUUGUCUUCGUGCUUUUUGGAUGGUUUUCACCAAGAAGAAGCUAAAGCUCUACUAAGACAAAAUGGACCUAUGGAUUUUACAGGGUUUCAUCUCCUGCUACACAUUAGGACAGCUCUGUGGCUUCAGCAUCAAAUACAUGGCCUCCUGGACCAAAAAUUAGUUGUAUGUAAUUAAAUAUUUGUAAGAAGUUGAAAGGAUUUGUUUCAUAUAAUGUAGAGAAGAAAAUAUUGAAAGGACGCAUGAGAACCUUGAAGGACCUGUGUCGGAAAAACACAAAUGAGAAAGGGAGAACUUUUCCCUUUUCUCCCUUUCCCUUUCUCCACUGUGUUUAGAAAAGAAACUGUAGGCUUGAAUUGCAGCAAUUAGGUCAGUAUUUUAUUUUUAUUUUUAAUGAAACACUGAGAGAGAUUUCUUGGAGAGGUUCUCCAGCACUGGGGUUUCAAAGGGUGGGUGAGACAACAUUCUGUGAAGCCUUUUUGUUCUGACAAGGGCCAGGAGAAUGUGCUACACAGCCUCUUCAGGGACAGUUUCAGCUCAGUUUUCUGUGACUUUUGGGCAAAUAAAACAAACCUUUAUUCUGCCAGCCAGUAGGAUUACUGGUGGCACUGUCUGAAUUGUCAGGGGUUCACAUCUCAGGGCCUCCUGCUGAGGGCGAGGGACCACGUCUCUUGAUUUUGCUGGUAGCACCCCAGGUAUAACCAGGGCAUGAUAGAGAGCUGCUGAGAGAUCUGCAUCCCCAAGGGAGAAGCUGGACUGCAAUAAGUGCACCUGCACCAUCUUCCACGUGCUGGACACUGCUUGCUCCUCUGGGCCUUGGGGGUGUCUGUAGCUGCCUCUGCAGGACAGCUGAGGAGCUGAGAGCACAGGCCUGGUUUAGAGCAGGGUCUGCAUGGGUGCUCUGACCCAUCUGGGGUAAAAGGCAGGGCAGGUAAAGGAGCAGAGAGCUACAUGAGACAUCCAGCCAGCCAGCUGAUGUGUCUGGCAAAAGAACACCCAAUACCUCUUUCAGGCUGGCCUAUCCCACAGGUGACAGGGGAGAUAAAACAGCCAUGCUUUGUUUCUCCUGCAAAAUACGACUAUUUUUAUCUUCUGGUAUAAAGGCAAGGAGGCAACUUGUGAGGAAAAGGAAGCCUCUGCCUCCUCCAGAAUUCUGUCACUUCACUUGAACUCCGACAGCGGGAACAGCCCUGGGAGUGCCACUUGCUCUCUUGCCUUAGCUUUCUGCAGCUGAUUUUCGGGCUUUUGCUAUUUAAAAUUGCAUUUGGUAAAUGUUUCAUGGUUUAUUUUGUAACAUACCAUAUGCUACAUCCCCGUACUGAAUAAAUAAAGAGAAGACUGGGUGCAGAG